UGGAUACAGUGCAAGUAGCUUAUAUCUAUGGUAGGCUACUUUAUUAUAUUCCACCCUCACUUUUCUAAGUAAUAUGUCAUCACAGGGUAGUUUUAUUCAUUUAGGUCCACAAAUAGGAUUCAUACUGUCUCCCAAAUUGUUUCAGAGUAUCCAACCUUGAGAGCAGCUAGUGAGAAACAACAGGGAGGAGAGAUAAUGUUUGUAAGGCGCUCGCUCUUUCCCUCCUCACAUACGCUGGUGACAGAGAGGUAGACGGAGUGUUUAGAGCCGGCCGUGACAUUCAGCAGCAGUCAGCUUUAGUUUCAAAUGGAGGAUUCCUGUUUAGUUUCCAUUGGAUCGCAGCAUCUGACCUGAUGUGUGCCUCAUUCCAGCAGCCGUGACGGGGACAGACAUAAAGACAUUAAAGAGAAGAUCGGGACGCACAUAACAGACUCAAGUGUGAGGAAGCUUUCAGUCCAGCAUACACUUAGCGCAGAUUGGGAACGAUCGUGAUUGAGAUAUGGGUUGUAGGCUUCCAAAGUUGCGGAAGGCAGAAGAGAGGCGAAGCCCGGGCAAUAUCUAUUCCACCCUUCGACGGCCUCAGGUUGAGACUAAAGUGGGCGUGGCAUACACCUACCACUUCCUGGAUUUCCUGUUGGGAAAAGAAGAGGUGCCGGUGUCAUCGGUGCUUUGUCUCUCCUCAGUCAGAGAGCUACCGGUUCAGGUCAGGGAACUCUACGCGCAGGGUUUUGUCCUGGUCGCCGUCCACCCGUUUGUCCAUUCCUGCGGCCCUCGUCAUGCACACAUUCAGCGCCAGCUGCACCGGGCCGUUCUGGUUCGAGAGACGCCAAGUUCAGAGAAAAGCCAACUGAGGUGGGCAAGACAUCGUCUGGAGACAGAUGUGUGUGUGGCAGGUCACCAGGCUGCUGACCCAGAAGUGAUCCAGAGCUACGUCAAGAGGAUCCAGGAUGUAGCAGAGCAAGGGGUGAUGUUUGUGGGCUUUCUCCAGCAGCCGGGUGGAGGACCCUGCUACCUGGGCCACUGGGAUGCUGAAGAGCUGUCCUCCUUACAUUCAAGCCCUUCACCCAUACAUCGACACCCCUUCAGCGCAAACACCAGUCCAACAGAUCCUCCAGAGCCACAUCAUAAUGACACAGAGCCUGACUAUCACCGCUUUGAACCUCAAGAGUUAGAUCAUGAAGGUGUAGAACAUAACACAGGGGACCACAAGCCAAGAGAAGCGGACUUCAGUCCUCUGAAACCCAAUCACAGUUUAGACCUCAACCAAGACGAGUCCAAUGAGCAAAUCCAGACCUCACAGAUCAGCCUCAAAGAGUCACUAGAAUCAACAAACCAACCUCAAGAUCACGGCAAACCCAGUGUAGACAGAGUUCAGUGGUGUCCAGAUCAAAAGCCAGCAGAAGCACAAAGGAACCAGCGGUGUCCCAGCCCGCCAGAAAGUGAAGAUGUGUUCAGACAGCAGAAGGGCCAUCUACCAGAUCUCAAAGAAUCUACAGAGAAACAUUUUAACCUUUCCAACCAGAGAGAAAUACAAAGUUCAAGCUCCGAGAGCUGGCCCAGCUCUCCUGAACUGGAUCGAACCCAUGAAAGGAAGUCCAGCUCUAUCUGCACCGAUGGGCAAAGCAGAGUGACACACAACAACAACAACCAUAUCCGGCUCAAGAGUCCCGAGAAAGAUAAGAAUGCAACUUCACCACCAGCGCAGGGCAGGAUGCAGCUCUUUGCCUUGUACAACCACACAGGGGAGCUGAACACUUCUCUGAGGUUCUACUCACUCAGGGUGCCACUGCAAGUACAAAAGGAAGCAGGGCUAAUCACAGAAGUUGACACACACUGGCUCGACCACAUGACUCAGCAUUUUACCAGCGGUGCGCACCUCAUCGACGGGUUUUUUCAACUUGGAGAUGAUAACGACAAUGGGGUUUCAUCUGUGGAUAGUGUGUUCAUCUUCCAGAGCUCCGCAGAGGAGACCACAAACACCUCCUACGAUGCCAUCGUGGUUGAGCAGUGGACCGUUGUUGAUGGUGUCAUGGUGAAGACAGACUACAUCCCCUUGCUCCAGUCUCUGGCUCCGUAUGGAUGGAGGCUUAUGUGUGUGUUACCCACACCAAUUGUGAAGACCAACAGUGACGGGAGUUUGUCGACCAAGCAGAUCCUCUUCCUUCAGAGACCCGUUUUGCAGCGCAAGAGAAAAGACUUCAAGAUGCUGAACCUCAGGGGUCGCAGCAAGGCAAAGAAAAAAUCCACUGGAGAAACGCAAGAGGAGAGAGAGAACAGGUCCCCUCUGAUGGAGACAGAGAUGGACAGGUUAAGAAGAAACACAGACGACGAGGAGGAAGAAGAAGAAGAAGAGGCAGAUGGGUGGAAGAGCAGGGACAGCGGAAGGAGCAAGGGAGCGAGUUAUCAGAAAGGUAGAGAGGAGAGGGAAGAAGAUGCACGGCAUCAAAAGGGCUUCUCAUUCCUAUCGGGGAGCAGGGCUUCGGUCGAGGAGCAGGAAGAGGAAACCGACAUUGACAAGACCUCAUUGUCUGAGCAGGAGAAGUCGGCGAGAUGGACCAAUGUGUGUCAGAGAGAUGAUGGAGGGGUGAAGGAGGAGGUGAAGACGGAAGAGCGGAUCAAACAGCAGCUGUUUUCUGGCGUCUGUUGACACAUUGGGCACAAAGCAGGCGAGGGGGAGCCAAAGCCUGUUUAGUUUAUCAAAAACAAUGCCUUUCAAGUAACGUUUUUGUUGAUCUGGAUUUUCCGUUCCCCUGACAACCCAGAUGUAGUCAGUCAUGCUGUUACUAUUCAUCAUGUACUGUUACUUUGCGUCAGCCUGCUCUGUUUAGGCAGGUAACACUGUUGCGAGUCUUUGAGGUUGUAGCUCUCAUACUGUACAUGGGAAAGUGUUGUGCAGUUCUCUGCUUUGGGUCAGUGUUGCUAUUUGAUGUAUCCUUAUGUGAAAUUAAACUGUACAAGGCUAAUAGAGUAC